CAUUAUUAGAUGUUCGAACUGGGCCCAACGUUGACACUUGAGCAUUUGGUUUACGCGCCAGCCCAGCAUUUGCGGCGGCAACACUGCAACAAUGGCGAAGGUCCAAGUACUAAAUGUUGCUGUUCUUGAUAAUCCGAGUCCUUUCGGAAACCCUUUCCAAUUUGAAAUAACAUUCGAGUGCAUGGAAGACCUGUCUGAAGACCUAGAAUGGAAAAUCAUCUACGUGGGCUCAGCAGAGAGUGAAGAAUACGACCAGACCCUUGAUUCUGUUCUGGUUGGCCCAGUACCAGCAGGAAGACACAUGUUUGUGUUUCAAGCUGAUGCCCCAAACACUGGUCUGAUUCCAGAGAGUGAUGCUGUAGGUGUCACUGUGGCGCUUAUCACCUGCACAUAUCGUGGACAAGAGUUCAUUCGGAUCGGAUACUAUGUCAACAAUGAGUACACAGACCCAGAACUGCGUGAGAACCCUCCUGUCAAGCCAGACUAUGCACAGCUGCAGAGAAAUAUCCUGGCUUCAAACCCACGUGUAACACGAUUCCAUAUCAAUUGGGAAGGAUGUGCUGAACGGAUGGAAGACUCUGAGAAUGUGGACCCUUCCCCCAAUUCUAUGCUGCCCCCUUCCUGUCUUCCAGGCAAGGCCCCACCCAUGGGCUUGCUUCCAGAAAACUCUAUGGACUGCUUAUAGAAACACUUAAACAAAGUUACAAACUUUUGUCUUCACCCUCGCCAACCCUUGUUCCGGAAUGGACCUUGGACAUUCAUAUAUGGUUGUCGACUGCCAGACAUGCGGUGUUUCCAUACAGCUGUCCAUUUUUGUCUGAGAUACACUAUUAACAACUGUUAACUAUAAUCCCCCCAAUGUGGACUUCAAGAAAGGAUUAUUUUGUCUAGUAAAACUGAAUAUCUCUACUGGACUAAUCAAUUGACUGUAUUUUUCAAUUCAGUGUAUUUGUUAAGAAAUAUUUGCUUUGUUAAGAGUUGUGAUUUGUGACGAUAAAAAGAUUAUUUCACACUGCAAGUAAAGCAUAGGUGGGAAAACAAUCAGACAGUUAAGCUUAUCGUACUACACAGGCGCUUUUUGGCUAUUCCUCAGCCAUUAUAUUUCUCUUUCUAUUGCACUGGGUUAUAGUUUGCCAGCUAUCAAGUGUUGUAGAGUCUAUUGGAUUGGGUAAUAGUACUAGAGGCAUGAUAUGUAUAUAUCUUUAUUUCAUGAGACAUUUCUUUCUCAAAUAAAAUGUUUUUGUUUACAAAUA